CUGGCCUCCCCAAAGCCAUGCCGAAGUCCAAAUGCAACGGGCGGACGUUGCUUUUGGCGUUUGCUUUGCUUGCGCGGGCAUGGUCCCGGCAUCAGGAGGCUCUCUUCCCAUUGGACGGUCGAAACUUCACUUGGGCCAUGCGUGCAUAUCCCAGGAUGAUGCUGUUCUUCUAUGCGCCAUGGUGUGGACAUAGCCGUGGCGUGGAACCCGAAGUGAAAAAGGCUGCAGAGCUCUUGCAGGGCAACGUGGCCUUUGCUAAGAUUGAUGCGAGUUUGGAAGUGGAAGUGGCUGAGGAGUUUGGACUUUCUGCGUAUCCGGGACUCUUUUUGGUCCAGAAAGGUGGCUUCGAAGAAUUCGGGGGACGCCGUGCCGGUGCUGCCAUCGUUGAUUGGGUGCGAAGCAAAGUAGGCCCUGCCUUGGAAGUGGUGAAUCGCACCGACCAACUGCAGGAAGCCUUCGAAAGACGAGGUGUUCAUAGUGCUGUGGUGGCCAGCGGCUCCACAGGUCUGCAGGAGAUCUUGACCAGGAUCGCAGAGAAGAAUCGCGACUGGGGACGCUUCUACUUUCUGAAGGAUACAGACGCAAAUCAAGUCUCAGUCUUGCGCGGCUUGAGCGAGUUCGUGGAUGCCCCCUUUGAGGUGGAUAUCGACCGGCAGGCCUUGGAACCAGAUAUCUUGAGCUUCAUCCAGGCUGAAAAACUGCCUGUCUUGGGAGAAAUCUCUGAGGAAAACUUCUACCAUUACGAGACAAGUGGCGCGGAGGCCUUGCUUUGGGUGAUCUUUGCAAACAACACGGGUCUGCCAUGCUGGGCAGAUCAAUGUCGGCAACAGGCGCAGGAGCACCAGAAAAGCCUUCGUAGCAUCGCUACAGAGUUUCCACAGAUCAAGGUGCGUACCAAAUGUGUGGUGGAGAAGGUGUUGGGUUAA